UUAAAAAAAAAUCUAAGUCGUCGUGAAAUCAAGACUGACACGUGUCCGUCACACUUUUUGUCGUUAUCCAAUGCUAACUGCUACCUGCAAAUUGAACCCAGUUCUUCUUCUUCUCUGCUUCCAGAACCACCCUCAAUCCAUUCCUUCAUUCUCUUUCUAUAAUCACUUUUCAACAAUAUUCAACUUCAUUUCACAAUUUUCACUUCAUAACAAGGUUCUAUGCCGUGAGCAUUUCGAUCGUUUCUCUAAUGGCACAAGACGCUGUUUCCGGCGCUGAAUCGCCUCACCGUCGUCAAGGUUUACUCCGAGAUCAAGUUCAAUUAGUUAAAAGAAAAGACUCUUCCGAUCGCUACGAGAUUGUUCCAAUUCAAGAUUCUUUAUCCUUUGAGAAAGGAUUCUUCAUUGUUAUUCGCGCGUGUCAGUUAUUGGCUCAAAACAAUGAUGGAAUUGUGUUAGUAGGAGUUGCAGGUCCUUCUGGAGCGGGGAAAACUGUUUUUACCGAUAAGGUUUUCAGUUUCAUGCCGAGUAUAGCUGUUAUAAGCAUGGAUAAUUAUAAUGAUGCUAGUCGAAUCAUUGAUGGAAACUUUGAUGACCCUCGAUUGACGGAUUAUGAUACCUUGCUAAAAAAUAUACAGGAUCUUAAAUCAGGAAAGCCUGCUCAGGUUCCGAUAUACGAUUUCAAGUCUAGUUCUCGCAUCGGAUACAGGACUAUUGAAGUCCCUAGCUCCCGUAUUGUAAUCAUUGAAGGCAUCUACGCCUUAAGUGAAAAAUUACGACCUCUGCUUGAUCUUCGUGUUUCUGUCACUGGCGGAGUUCAUUUUGACCUUGUCAAGCGUGUUCUGCGGGACAUACAACGAGCUGGUCAAGAGCCUGAAGAAAUAAUUCAUCAAAUCUCUGAAACGGUAUAUCCCAUGUAUAAAGCUUUUAUAGAGCCAGAUCUCCAAACAGCGCAUAUAAAAAUUAUUAACAAGUUUAAUCCAUUCACUGGAUUCCAGAAUCCCACUUACAUAUUGAAGUCAGCAAAAGUUGUGACAGUGGAUCAAAUCAAGGCAGUUAUUGCUGCAGAGUAUACUGAAACCAAAGAGGAAACAUAUGACAUUUAUCUUCUACCCCCCGGAGACGACCCUGAAGCAUGUCAAUCCUAUUUGAGAAUGAGAAACCGGGAUGGAAAAUACAAUCUUAUGUUUGAGGAAUGGGUUACGGAUAGUCCAUUCAUUAUAUCACCUAGAAUUACUUUUGAGGUCAGUGUGCGUCUGCUUGGAGGGCUGAUGGCCUUGGGGUAUACAAUUGCAGCAAUCCUGAAAAGAAGCAGCCAUGUUUUUCAUGACAAUAAAGUGUCUAUAAAAACGGAUUGGCUAGAACAACUUAAUCGCCAAUAUGUCCAGGUGCAAGGGAAAGAUAGGAACUAUGUUAAAUUUGUAGCGCAGAAACUGGGUCUGGAUGGUUCCUAUGUUCCUCGCACUUACAUUGAACAAAUUCAGCUAGAAAAGCUUGUAAAUGAUGUGAUGGCACUGCCAGAUGAUCUGAAGAACAAACUAAGCAUAGACGAUGAUUCGGUUUCAAGCCCCAAAGAAGCACUUUCUAGAGCUUCUGCUGAUAGGAGAAUGAAGUAUCUUAAUCGUGAUAUUUCACAGUCAUAUUCAAAUCGAAGAGACAAGAUUCUACCAAAGUUGACUAAACUUGCUAUAAAUAACAGAAGUUUUAAUGCGAGAGGUCUAGAAUCACCUGCUCCCAUGGCCAACCAAGGAGUUAUCAUUCAACUUUCCGAUCAAAUUUCCACCCUAAAUGAAAGAAUGGACGAGUUCACCUCCCGUAUUGAAGAGCUGAAUUCAAACUUCGAUGUUAAAAAAGUUUCAGCCAGUCAACAAAAUAUGGCUUUACAAGCUGAGACCUGCAAUGGCUCUGGCCCCAUUUCUCACUUUGUUACUGGAUUAGGCAAUGGUUCAUUGACUGGAUCAUUGCUUCCUAAUUCUCUGUCAUCCUCUCAGUUGGUUAGAGAGUCUCCGCUAAUGGAAGAGGUAUUACUUGUUGCCCGAGGACAACGUCAAAUCAUGCAUCAACUAGACACACUGAGCAAUCUUAUGCAGGAAUACUUUGGAGAAAAAUCGCGGCUGGGAAGAACAGACCAGGUAGGCAAAAAACGUGAAGUUGAAUCCUUUGCGAUCCCUCUGGUUCUGACUUUAGCCGUUGGUGCUGUUGGCGUGUUCUUGUUCAAGAGUUUGACAUCUAAAAAAUAGUGUCUACUUCGUUUCUUGUAAUCACCAUUUAUGAGAUUCCUUAUCGGUAUAGCUAAAAGGUUUCUGUAAACAAAUACCAUUCACUCGAGAUGUAACAUUCAAAUAAUAAGUGUCAACCAGCUUAUACCUUUACUCAACGUAUAAGCUUGUUUAUAUCUUUGUGCAGCAUAGACCUAACUCAAUGUAUAAGCUUGUUUAUAUCUUUUGUAUAACUACAUGAAAUUAAUAAGUUCUAUGCCAAGUUCAUUAAUGCUUAA